AUGAAAACCUUUAAAGACUCUGCCAGUUUAAUCCUAGCAGCUCGUCAAAUGCAAAAAUGUGCACGUCCUUCAACUGCUACAAAUUAUAAUUACAAUCUGCUGUGCCUGAAAAGGCAUAAAAAUUCAAAAUUCAUGCCCGGUAACUACGUGUUUCCUGGAGGAAUAGUGCAUCCAGCCGACGCGGAUCUCAAAUGGAACAAUCUGUUCUCCUCGUUCGGCUUCGACAAAAGCAGCUAUGCUUCUUUAUUUCCAAACACUACGACACGACCGAUAAUUUUUAAAUCGAUACCGAAACAACUACCAAAAGAAAUUUCACUACGUAUCAGUGCGAUUCGGGAGACUUUUGAAGAAUGUGGCAUACUCCUCUGCAAGAAAUCACAAAAUGGCGAGUUGCAACCUGAUUGGGCGCAACAUAUCGAAAUGCCCGAAAACGAGUUGCACAGCUGGCAAGAAAAGGUGCAUAAUGAUGCCACGGAAUUUUACUCGUUAUGUAAAAAUUUCGAAUGCUAUCCUGAUCUCUGGUCUCUUUACGAAUGGAGCAAUUGGUUGACACCGACUUUUUUCCUCGAUAAAAGAUUCAACACCGUUUUCUAUUUGGCCUGUAUGCAAACUGUACCUCCCUGUUUGCAGGAAUCUACGGAAAUCGAGGACAUGAAAUGGGACGUACCAGCAAACUUUAUAUUCUCUGGUCCUGAGUUUACAUUACCACCGCCGCAGCAGUAUGAAAUCGCGAGAAUAGCAAAGUUUGAAAGUAUAGAUAAUUUGCUAGAUUUCGCGAACGAGCGUACCAAACUGGGCGUACGCAUGAAUCUGCCGGUAAAGGUGGAGUUGCAGGAUGGGAAUGUGUAUGUCUUGCCGGGUGACUCGAUGUACCCGGAACACGCAAAUUUAUUUGACAAACAAGUGAUCGACAGAACGGACAUCACUAUCGAGCAAUUUCGAGAGAUGUCACCUGUAAAAAAUCGAGUGGAAUUCUUUAAUCUCGAAGUGAAGAGGCUUUUCGUUCAGAAUUUCGACGAUGAGGAUGGCCACUUGUCGCCCAUGUCACUGAAUGAAAUCCGUAUAAAACAAACCCAUAAAAAAUAAAACACAGUUUUUAACACCAUCAUGUGUUCGUUUCUUUUUUAUGAAAUUGUCAA